GAGGCCGGAGCGGCAGACCGAGCGAGCGGACAGAACGGAGUCGGCAGGUGCAGGGCCGCGGAGACAGCAGCGGCAUGACCGGCCACCACUGUUGGGGCUACGGCCAGGACGACGGCCCUUCAAAUUGGCACAAGCUGUAUCCCAUCGCCCAGGGAGACCGCCAGUCACCCAUCAAUAUCAUAUCCAGCCAGGCAGUGUACUCACCCAGCCUACAGCCACUGGAGCUUUUCUAUGAAGCCUGCAUGUCCCUCAGCAUCACCAACAAUGGCCACUCUGUUCAGGUGGACUUCAAUGACAGUGAUGACAGAACCGUGGUUGCCGGGGGCCCUCUGGAAGGGCCCUAUCGUCUCAAGCAGCUCCACUUCCACUGGGGCAAGAAGCGUGACGUGGGCUCAGAGCACACAGUGGAUGGCAAGUCCUUCCCCAGUGAGCUUCAUCUGGUUCACUGGAAUGCCAAGAAGUACAGCACUUUUGGGGAGGCGGCUGCAGCCCCUGAUGGCCUGGCUGUGGUUGGCAUCUUCCUGGAGACAGGAGACGAGCACCCGAGCAUGAACCGCCUGACAGAUGCACUCUACAUGGUUCGGUUUAAGGACACCAAAGCCCAGUUCAGCUGCUUCAACCCCAAGUGCCUGCUGCCCACCAGCCGGCACUACUGGACCUAUCCUGGCUCCCUAACCACACCCCCACUCAGCGAAAGUGUCACUUGGAUUGUGCUCCGCGAGCCUAUCAGAAUCUCUGAGAGGCAGAUGGAGAAAUUUCGGAGCCUGCUUUUCACCUCAGAGGACGAUGAGAGGAUUCAUAUGGUGAACAACUUCCGGCCACCACAGCCGCUUAAGGGCCGAGUGGUCAAAGCAUCCUUCCAGUCCUGAAUUUCCCACCCACCC